UGGCGAAACUAGUUCCAGCUCCGGGCUGGGGAAAGUGCAAGAUGUUUGGCCUUCUGCGACACCUGUUCAAAUUGCAGUUUCUUUUCGUUGUGGCGGCCGUCUUGGCCGGAUUUUAUCACACAGAGAUUAGGCAAUUCCUUCGACGGCAUACGGACAACUACCUGGACACAGCUGGCCAGGAUGCAGGCAUUCCAUUGGCCUUCCAAGCUGGUGACGAAGUCGGUUCGCUCUUCACGCCGGCUGAACUGGCGCAGUUCAACGGCGAGGACGGCCGUCCCAUCUAUUUGGCCCUCCUGGGAUCCGUAUUUGAUGUGAGCCGUGGCAUCAAGCACUACGGAUCCGGCUGCAGCUAUAACUUCUUCGUUGGCCGCGAUGCCUCCGUGUCGUUUAUUUCCGGUGACUUCGAGAGCUACGAUCCGGAAACGUCCGACGAUGUGCUCACUUUAAAGCCCAAUGAUCUGAUAGGUUUGGUCGGGUGGCGGGAUUUCUACCAAAAGGACUACGUCUACAAGGGCCGACUGAUAGGACGCUUCUACGAUGCGAACGGUGCCCUAACCACCUAUCACCACAAGUUUCUGGAGCUAUUGCACCAGGCGGAGGAGGCCAAGCGACAGGUGGAGGAACUGAGGGCCCGGUAUCCCGGAUGCAACAUCGAGUGGAGCGAGGAGCGGGGCACCCGCGUCUGGUGCACCACCACCAGUGGAGAUGGCAAGGAGCGCUCCUGGAUCGGCAAUCCCCGCAAGCUCUAUAGCCGCGGCAACAAAAACUUCCAGUGCGCCUGUGUGCCUGAAUCGGAGCUGGACGAGAUUGAUUCCGGCGGGCAAGGGGCCCACGGAGAUGCUAUGCUUAAACCGUACGACAAUUGCGAACCCAGAGCACAGGAGUGCUUUUAUAGGGUGUAGCAGCUAGCUCUAAAUUUGUAAAUAAAGCAUUUGACUUAUAAAAAGAAAAAACCAUAUUCACAAAUUUAGUUAACUGGCUCGCGCCACUGGUUCCGGUUCAUUUCUGUUAUGUUCGCCAGCCUGCUGUUAAACUGCUGCACAGUAAUCUAAACGGCCUACACAAAGUAAACAAAAAACAAAAUCUUAAAAAAAAUUAGGUAUUAAGCUAAUGUGUUUGAAGAAAAUUUAUAAAAAGAACUAAUGAACAACAUUUUGGCUAACAUA